AUGAGCAACGGAGUCGAUUCGCAUAUGGGCGAGCCCGAGAUGGCUGCCAAAGCAAACCACCAAGACAGUGCCAACACAGCCAUGGAGUCUGGCAAGGGCAAAGGCAAGGUCGCUGAGCAGGUGCCAGUAGCCUCAGAUGAUGACGAGGAUGAUGAUGAGGAAGAGGGCGAGGGUGAAGUCGAGGAGCCUGAUGAGGACAAUAUGGAGGAGAUUGACAUGGACAACAUUGUCAACUCACGUACCCGCGGCAAGAACAUUGACUACGCUGAGGCCGCGAAGAAGCUGGACGAGGAGCAAGGUGACGACGAGGACGAUGAGGAAGAUGGUGAUUUCGAGGACGACGAGGAUAAGAUGGAGGAGUAG